AUGCCUGCUCAACUACAGAGGCCCAGUGCCACGAGGCAGCUCAGCACCACCGGCGGUGACUAUGACAUGGCCAACCCGCCAGAGGUCCGCCGGUACCUUAAAACAUACGGCCUGACGCCGCCCGCAGUCGAGAGCCACGAGGUGCAGGCGCAACGAUGCCUCCGACUGCUCGCCAUGAAGACGACGCCAAUUGAGAAGUUCCAGUACUUGGUCCACCUCCGCGCCACCAACGUACACCUGUUCUACCGUCUGCUGUCAGAAAACAUCAAGGAAUUGACCCCUCUCAUCUACACCCCGACCGUCGGCGAGGCCUGCGUCCGAUGGCACGAGAUCUGGACACAACCCGAGGGCAUGUACCUCUCCUGGAACGACCGGGGCCACCUCCGCGAGAUUCUCGAUAAUUGGCCGCACGAGGUUGAGAUCACCGUCCUGACAGACGGCUCGCGAAUCCUGGGUCUCGGAGAUCUUGGUGUCAACGGCAUGGGUAUUCCCGUUGGCAAGCUUGCGUUGUAUACUGCCUGCGCCGGUAUCAGGCCCUCCGGCACCUUGCCCUUGACGUUGGAUCUGGGCACAGGAAAUGAGACUCUCCGUAACGACCCGCUGUACAUGGGUUCAAGAACGCCCAAGGUCUCCGCCGCCGAGGAGAAGGAGUUCCUAGAUGAGCUCAUGAUUGCGUUGACCGACAAGUGGCCAGGCAUCGUCAUCCAAUUCGAGGACUUCAAGAACCCCUUCCCCGCUCUCGAGCGAUACCAAGACAAAUACUGCAUGUUCAACGACGACGUGCAGGGAACAGGCGCCGUCAUUGUUGGUGGCUUCAUCAACGCCGUUCGUGCAUCCGGUGUACCCGCAAAGGAUCACCGCGCCAUCUUCCUCGGCGCGGGCAGUGCCGGUGUUGGUGUUGCUAAGCAGAUUGUUGAGUUCUUCAUCAAGGAAGGCGUCAGCGAGGAAGAGGCCCGCAAGAAGUUCUGGUUUGUCGACUCAAAUGGUCUGGUCACUCUCGACCGUGGCGACAAGCUUGCCGAGCACAAAGUGUACUUUGCCCGCGAUGACAACAACGGCCGCCAGUACCAGUCUCUCUCGCGUCUUAUCGACUUCGUGCAGCCCACUAUCCUGAUGGGUCUUUCCACCAUUGGUGGAGCGUUCAACAAGGACAUCCUCCAGAAGAUGGCUAAGCUCAAUGAUAGGCCAAUCAUCUUCCCCCUCUCCAACCCUUCCAGCAAAUCUGAGUGCACCUUCGACGAGGCUGUACACAACACUGAGGGCCGAUGCUUGUUUGCAUCGGGAUCUCCCUUCCCGUCCCUGGAGUACAACGGCAAGCUGCUUACGCCUGGUCAGGGUAACAACAUGUAUGUGUUCCCCGGUAUCGGUCUCGGGGCUAUUCUCUCCAAGUCCGUGUCCAUUACCCAAGACAUGAUCUACGCCUCCGCAGAGUCCCUGUCCACCUCGCUCAACAAGCAGGAGACCGCUGAUGGUUGGUUGUACCCCGACAUCCGCCGCAUCCGCGAAGUCUCCGUUGUUGUUACCCGUGGCGUCAUCCGUGCUGCUCAGCAAAACGGUGUUGACCGCGCUGUUGAGCUUCGCCAGAUGUCUGACGAUCAGCUCGACCUUUACAUCAAGGAAAGGAUGUAUGACCCCUUCAGCGAGACCGAAAAGACAGUUUACCCCGUCACCCAGCCUGCCGGCAAUGGCCACCACCCUUUUGCCAACGGUAACGGCGUCGAGCACGCUACCAACGGCUUGAACAACGCGCACCUAUAA